AUUUUUAAAAAGUGGGCGUCGCUUUCAGCUGGGAGAGUCUAAUUAUUGGAGGGGGGGCUGAUAUUUAUAACAUUGUCUGUCAAGAAGUUGUAAUAUAGUGCAAUUUCCAGCGCCUCAUCAGGGCAGCCAACUAUUUGGACAACGGGUUGCACGACAGUGACAGAGCAGCAGCGGCUUGUAACCUUGUUGAAGGACGCAGCAGUAUUUAUUGACGUAUGCAAAUAGCAGCGGGGAUGGGCGGGGCCUGCAGAUAACAGGAACCAGAAUCAGGCUGAAAGAGCAGCCUCGCAUCUCAGAGUUCCGGUACGGCAGCAAAGAGACGUGGCGGAGUAGUAGUGCGAUAUGCCCCGCCGCUAAGAACGUCUUUUAUUUAUACGGGGAAGGGCACAUUUGUCUUCAGUAGAGGGGGGUAACUGCUGAGGCGCACUGUAUUUUGCUUCUAGUUCACCCCCCUCUCUCCCAGCCGCUAGUGUAUUGGCUGACAUGCUCCUUGGGGGUGUAGUAGGACUUUGCAUUGCAGUCAGUUUGUGGUAGGCAGUCGCGUCAGGUGAUCGUAAGAAUCAUAACCCACAUCUGGCCUUCUCCUGUUUCAGUGGUGCAAACCAUGCAGGAUGAUUUACUGAUGGACAAAAACAAAGCUCAGCAGCAGCAGCAGCGACAUCAGCAGUCUCCAUCCUCCCAAACUCAGCAGCAGCAGCAAGAAGCUCCCUGUGUAGCAGAGUCCACCAGCAGCAGAGAGAGCAGCCCCCCCACUCACAGGGAGAAGAUGCAGAUGGAGUCCCCCUUACUGCCUGGGCUGAGCUUUCAACAUGAGCCCCCCACCACCCCAUCUCUGUCCCCAUCUUUUGGCAGCACCUGGUCUACUGGAGGCACCACCAGUGCUGCGGAUGACGGCUUCUUCCCAGGGAUUACACCAGUGAAUGGGACCAUGCUGUUCCAGAACUUCCCUCAUCAUCAUCAUGUUAACCCCGUGUUUGGGGGCACCUUCUCUCCCCAGCUGGGCUUGGCUCAUCAAACACAACAGCAGCAGAGGCGAUCCCCCGCCAGCCCCAACAACCACACCGCAUACACCCAGCGUAAUGCCUACAGCCAUCAGCCCAUCCUGACCAACAAGCCCUCGUCCUCCCCCAACUCCUCCUUGCCUUCCCCGUCCAACUGGAAUAACCAGCAAAAUGCUGCCUGGAAUAGCCCUUCUAACCCGUGGGGGGCACUGCAACCUGGGAGGGACCCACGCAGGGCUGUAGGGGUUGGAGUAGGAGUGGGUGUCGGGGUGCCCUCUCCGCUCAACCCCAUCUCCCCAAUGAAAAAAACUUUCUCCAGCAAUGUUAUCGCACCCCCUAAAUUCCCAAGAGCAUCCCCAUUAACCCCGAAAUCGUGGGUGGAAGACAACGCUUUCAGGACAGAUAAUGGCAAUACCCUAUUGCCCCUACAGGACCGGAAUAGGCCCUAUGACUCUUUUAACUUGCACACUUUGGAGAAUUCCUUAAUGGAUAUGAUAAGGACUGAUCAUGAACCUCUGAAAGCUCGAAUGGGGCUAAAUUUCCAUCAUCCAGGAACAGAUAACAUUAUGGCACUUAACACCAGGAGCUAUGGUCGGAGACGAGGUCGAUCGUCACUCUUUCCAUUUGAAGACGGAUUCCUCGGAGACGGCCACGGUGACCAGUCAUUAUCAUCAGGCCUGAGUUCUCCAACGCAUUGUCAGAACGGUGAAGGAAUAGAACGCUAUUCUCGAAAGGUGUUUGUAGGAGGGCUGCCUCCGGACAUUGAUGAAGAUGAAAUCACAGCAAGCUUCCGUAGGUUUGGACCGUUGGUGGUGGACUGGCCUCACAAAGCAGAAAGCAAAUCUUAUUUCCCCCCAAAAGGCUAUGCCUUUCUGCUCUUCCAAGAAGAAAGCUCCGUGCAGGCUCUGAUAGAUGCCUGUUUAGAGGAAGAUGGAAAGCUUUACCUGUGUGUGUCCAGCCCAACCAUCAAGGAUAAACCAGUUCAAAUCCGACCCUGGAAUUUGAGCGACAGUGACUUUGUCAUGGAUGGUUCUCAACCUCUAGACCCACGGAAAACUAUAUUUGUAGGCGGUGUUCCACGGCCCUUACGAGCUGUUGAACUGGCAAUGAUAAUGGAUCGCUUAUAUGGAGGAGUGUGCUACGCUGGCAUCGAUACAGACCCAGAACUGAAAUACCCCAAAGGUGCUGGCAGAGUGGCAUUCUCCAAUCAGCAGAGCUACAUAGCUGCUAUCAGCGCUCGCUUCGUCCAGCUCCAGCACAAUGACAUAGACAAGCGGGUGGAAGUGAAGCCAUAUGUGCUGGAUGAUCAGAUGUGCGACGAAUGCCAGGGCACGCGAUGCGGUGGAAAGUUUGCUCCGUUCUUCUGUGCCAACGUGACCUGCCUGCAGUAUUACUGUGAGUACUGCUGGGCCAGCAUCCACUCCCGGGCUGGCAGGGAAUUCCACAAACCACUGGUGAAAGAGGGAGGAGAUCGCCCGCGCCACGUUCCUUUCCGCUGGAGCUGAGCACCUCGUCUGACCUCGACACACACACACACGCGGGAGUGAGGGCAGAAAGUAUUAUGGGUUUUUUUUUUGUUUUUUUUUUACUCCCUUGGAUGUAGAGCAAAAUGGUUCCUUUUUAGGUUCUCUUUUAUUAUAUAUAUAUAUAUAUAUAUAUAUAUAUAUAUAUAUAUAUAUAUAUAUAUAUAUAUAUAUAUAUAUAUAUAUAUAUAUAUAUAUAUAUAAUUUACAGUCACUUUACUGAACCUAGUGUCCAGUGUAAUGCAGAGUGUAACAGCCCUGAUUUUUUGCACUUUGAUUUAUAUUAAUAUCUGCUUGGUACCUUAAUUCUGUAUGCAGGACUCUUUUCAGUAGAGACAUCUCAUUAGGCCGGUGCCCCUGUCACUGCCAGCGUGUCGUGGGUAAGGCAAAAUAAUCGUCUCCAGCCGGAGCGUGCUCUUACUUUACUGAUACACCACUUACACUACCCUCCCUCCUAUCCCUACGAGGUGACUUAGCCAAUGUAUCAUGGACAGUGUAGCAACACCUCGAAAGCUAGCGAGACCAUGCUUAAUGGUAUUUACUUUUCCCGGCUAGAAUAACCUGCAACAUCUCCAGCGUCAAUGGAGAUAUUUAAAAAAAAAAAAAAAAAUCAUGACUUUAUUUGAUAUCUUAAAUGUUGAAUCAAAUUUUUAUUUUUUUAUUUAGUGCGGUUAUUUUUUUUAUUAUUUGUUUCAGGGUGGGGUAUGAGGGGGAAAUAGACCUUUUUAGUGUUAUAUAAAUUUAUGCUGCAAUAGCUUUUGCUGCUACUUAAAAAAAAAAAAAAUAAUAAUAAUGGUAUUACCCACGAUACUCUAUUCAGGCUAGGGUAUCUGUGAUUGAAAUAGGGAGAUAAAAACAUAUAUAUAAUGAAAAAAACAGUUGAAAAAGCUGCUGGAAAUCGGUAUAGAGAACUUCCACGGAAGGUGGAUAUUUUUUUGACUGCAUGUUUAUUUAAUCCGGUUGCUGCAUGCAAUAUAAAACGUUCUAUAUACCGCGUCGCAUAAAGCCUGAGCACAGGGCGAACACUCACUCACACACAGGAAAAAUGAAGAGUCUAUAUAGGAAAAAAUGCUUAUUAACUCACUCGAUUGUGAUGGAGGAAGGCAUGUCUCGUCUGUAAUGCAUCGGAAUACCGUCUGAUCAUUGCAGAUUUUUUUUUUUUUUCUAAAUGUAUUUACAACCAAUAAAUAAACAAAACCUAGAUAUAGGGUCAUUGUUAAACUAAAAAAAAAAAACUAAAAAACAAAAACAGACGGUAGAUGAAAAUAAUUUGCGGUGCUCCGUUAUAUUGUGCAAUUUUUUUUUAUGUAGUUAAGUGAUUUUGUCAAGUACUGUGAUCAGAUGUAACUUAAAGGCCUCUGUAGAUCUCACAGCGAACAGCUGAUACUUAUAAAAAAGAAAAUCAAGCUUUUUCUUAGUUACAAGCGCCUCUUGUGGUGCAAAUUGUCCCAAUGUGGCAGUUGUGUUUUUUUUUUUUAAAUGUUAUUUUUAUAUCUAUUUUUUUUUUUGUAACAAAUAAUAUAUGAAUAAUGUCUUAGCCCAGACUAGGCACGUGCCCCAUAUUUUUUUUAAAUAUUGAAUACAGAAAUCAUGUCUUAGCCCCGACUAAGCACUUUUGCAGUGUGUCCCAAUGCGAUUGUUUAUUAUUAAUAUUAUUAUUUUUUUUUAGAAAUAAUAAUUAUAUAAAAGGCUUAGCCCUGACUAGGCACAUUAAUGGUUUUGCAAAGCAAAGUGUCCUAAUGCUUUAGUUUAUUGUUAUUAUUUUUAGAAAUAAUUGUAGAAAAGUCUUAGCCCAGACUAGGCACAUUAACAAUUUCACAAAGUGUCCCAAUGUUAGUUUAUUAAUAUUUUUUUAUUUUAUUUUAUUUUUUUAGAAAUAAUUAAUAUAUAAAUAAAGUCUUAGCCCAGUCUAGGCACAUUAACAAUUUCACAAAGUGUCCCAAUGUUAGUUUAUUAUUAUUAUUAUUUUUUUUUUUAGAAAUAAUGAAUAUAUAAAUAAAGUCUUAGCCCAGAUUAGGCACGUUAACAAUUUUGCAAAGUGUCCCAAAUGUGUUAGUUUAUUAUUAUUAUUUUUUUUAAGAAAUAAUCAUCUAUAAGUAAUGUUUAGCCUAGCCUAGUCACAUGGUUUUUUUUUAAGUAAUAAUAAAGGCUUAGCCGCCAUUAGGCACAUUAACAUUGUGCCUAUUAAACAAUUAUCAAAUUGUCCCAAUGUGUUUGUUUUAUUUUUUUUGUUAUAAUACAUAAAUAAUGUCUUGGCCCAGAUCAGGCACAUUAACAACUAAUUAACAACCAACGUUGGUUUAUUUUUAAUUUUUGUUUUAGAAAUAAUGAAGUCCCAAUAGUUUUUUUUUUUUUUUUAAACAAUACAUAAAUACAGUUUUAGCCCAGGUUAGGCACGUUAAGCUUUUUUGUUUUGUUCUGUUUUGUUAAAAACACUACCAAUGACGAGAUGUCAUUUAAUGGACUUACCUGCAGGGCAUAAGACUGCUAAAAGGAAUUAUACUCCUAAAUAUGCUUUUCCUACGUGAAACAAAGGUUUUAUUUCUGGACGUAUCCUGCAAAGCUUGAAUUUUUCGUUCCUGCUAAAAAAAAAAAAAAAAAAAAUUAAACAUUUUCAAAGCACAGACUGACUAUAGGUUCUGCAGAUGGUUGCUAUUUACAAGUUCAGAGCAGUGCUGUGCCUAUGUUCUCCUGAUUGUAUAAGAAACCAGAAGAUUGCACGUAUCUGCAGAAAAGCCACCAAAUCAUUUUUUGUUUGUCCAGAGAAGCCACUUGCAUCACUGGCCGGGAAAAAAAACCAAAAUUUUUUCCUCCCUUUAUUUUGCUGUAUUUUUUAUGAUUUAGUUGUAAGGAAUGGCUUGAUAAAGAAUUUCUUUUGGCUUAAAGUGCUUGAAGUAUAGUCUAAAUAAACUAAAGCAUUCAGUGCUAGCAGGGUCGGACUGGCCCUGCGGGACACCGGGAAAAAACCCGGUGGGCCCCCGCCGCGUCAGACCCCCUCUCCCAAUCUCCUGGCCCUACAAAAAAAAAAACAAUUUGCGGAGCCGCACAGAGCCAUUCGCGCAUGUGCACGGCUCCUUUCGCAUAUGUGUGGCUCCUUUUGCGCAUGCUCGUGGCUCUGUUUGCGCUUGCGAUGCAUCACAGAAGGGGGCCCUGGACAGGAGUCCCGGUGGGCCCUGGGCCCUCCAGUCCGACCCUGAGUGCUAGGGUUACAUAGCUGUAAGCCCAAUGGGAUGCAGACAUGCACACUGAGAUGCGACCUGUCCGGUUUUGACCCAGACAGCCCGGUUUUUUGAAGGGCUGUCUGGGUCAAAACUGCCUGCCCGGUUUUCCAAAUUAGGAAAACAGGGCAGGAUUUCCUAUGAUUGACAUGGCCGAUAGCUGGUCGCCAUGUCAUAGCUCCGCCCCUGAAGUUAUGACCCACCCCUGCCGCGUCACAGACCUGCCCCAUUACGUCAAGUCUCCGCCCCCGCCAGGAGUCCAUGGGACAGAAUACGGCAUCCCUACACGCACAUCCUUUUUUGAGGUUAAUAAUGUUCGAUAUAUUUUAUAUGCCCCAAUGUAUUUCUUUACUGUAGUUUGUGUCCGCUGUAAAACAGAAAAAAAAAUCUUAUGCACUACUUUGUAUCUGGGCAAUUUUUCACAUUUCCCCCCCCCUUUUUUUUAUUUUUAAUUUUUUUUAUAUAUAUAUAUAGAAAUAUUUUUUUUAUAUUUUUGUUUUAGAUAAAGAAAGGAAAACUUUCUGACCUGAUUUUUUGCAAUACCUCAAUUUUGAAUAUAGGAAAGAAAAUAUUUUCUAAGUAAGUUUAUUCAGAAAAAGUAUAUAUAUAUUAUAUUAUAUUAAUUUAAUUUUGCAAAAGAAUGAUUUAAGAUUGCUAUUUUUGUUUUUUUGUUCUUUCAUGCUUUUUAUUUUAAAGAUGAUGUUUUUCGAUCUUAAUGUGAUAAAAAUUAGGUGGCGAAAGUUCUACUUAAUCGUAUGCAAAAUCCCCCCCUACAUUAAAGGCCAACGAAUACAAAGUUCAGUCGAUUGACAAUGAAAUGAAGUGCACACCCCCCACACAUUUAGUAUAUUUUGCAUCUGGUGCUGAAAGUGAUGAAUAGAAAGUACAAAAAAAAAAAAAAAAAUAUGUUCUGUUUUCCCUUGAUUUUGUAUGUUUGUAAUCAAGCGUCGAUUAUGCAUGACUGACCAGAAAUAUGAAAGAUUUCUUCUGUCUGUAUUUUUUUAAAGAUGGCUUUUUUUAUUUUGUUAAAUUAUAUUAAAAAAAACUAUUUCUUU